AUGAAGGUGGAGCUCGUUGACUGCGGUGGAAAGGGUGGGAUCAGGCGUCGUACGCGCAGGGUGAUCAGCUCCGGGACUCCACACGGUGAUAGCAGGCGCUUUCACCAGCUCCUGCCCAAAGCACAGACCAGUCCGAUCCAGCCUGGCAUUGUUGGGUGGGGUGGUCGAUCCGAAUAUCUCCCCAGACCCGAGUGCUGCCUGUCUCCGGCACCGGACACGUUUUGGCGCCAAACUCAGGAGUAA